CGCGCGCUGAGCGUAAACGCACGUGGGAAGCGUAACGUUUUACGUCAGUUCGGCCUUUUUUACCAGUAUCUUGUUGACUAGCGUUAUUGCUCUUGUAAUGAGCAGAGUCACCGGUAAUCGUCAAUCUAUUAAGAAAGGAAAUAUGUUUGUGCCGCACUGUGUUGUGUUGUGGGUGUGUUGAAGGAAAACUGUGGCAUCUUUCCGCGCUCGGUGCACAGAAUCAGGAUGGAUGUUUGUCGUCCCAAACAGGGCGAGACUGACGAGGAACUCAUUCGCUUGCAAGAAGAGUUUCUGAAAAGCGGCGAGAAACCAUCGGUCCAAGUGGUUCGAGCCGAACGGAAGAAUCAUGAAUCCGAAGCGAAGACGCACUCGGUCGCUGAACCAAACGAAACCACUGGUGUUUGUGAUCGAAAUCCGCCGAUAUCUGCGUCAAAUGCCAGCGAUAAAUCACCUGACGUGGUGCACGUGCAACUGGAAUCCGUGCUGUGCGAUGUCAUUGAACGCAAUGUUGACAAGGAUAUCAUUAGACCUCCGUCUCCCACAACGGUGCCAUUUCCAGAGCCCACGAGAGUUUCGGGCGCUGCAGUGCAAGGUCGCAAGAGCCUUUUUGCGUCGAGGUUCAAGACGCUGAACGCAGCAGGGCACAAGCGCGAUGCUCCAAAACCGCCAUCUUCAAUGUCGCCACCUGGCUCGGCCCUGUCGAAGGAUGAUUACGAAGCCGUGCACGCCGAAAACCUCGGACGGUUGGCUUCCAUGUCGCACGAGGAAAAAAUGAAAGCACAGCAGGAGCUCCUUUCUCGGCUGGACCCUGCUACGGUGGCAUUCCUGCGAUCUCGACGGAAACCUGCAGACUCAGAUGGCUUGAGAAGAGAGCAUGCAAGGAUGGCUUCCGGCGAUUGCAUCUCUGCUUCAAAAGAUAACGUGCACACUGAUGCCUCGUCUGGUACGAAGCAACAGAUGCCAGGCUCCCAUACCAAGUUACACCCUUUAGGUUUCAUAAUGGAACGUUCAAAACUGGAUUCUUCUAAGCCAAAUGUGACCACAGCUUCUGAAGUGAAGAUUAACAUGCCGGCUUGCUCUACCACUGAUACUUCCGAAGCAGAUGAUGCCCAAGUGCCAGCAUUAGAUGAAGAGGAGCUGCCAAUCAAGCCAUCGGAAGCAGCCCAGAAAUGGAUUCACAUGGACGACGUCGAGAAAGACAAGCUGCAGUGGAUGACCAUGCUCCCGCCCGUGAAGGCUCCAGAUCCCAAGGAUGCGGCUGCACCGUGUGUCGGGCGAUUCGACUUUGACGGGGAGCUGGUGCCUCCCGACCAAGAAGUGCCAAUUCACAGGGGCUUGCAUCACCACGGCGAUAACCCCGAGCUGGCCGGCUACAGCACUGCAGAAAUCCUGAGGCUCUUGCGAAGCCAGGUGCGCUCACAACGCCUGCUGGCCCUGCAACUGCUGGAGCGCAUGCUCACAAAGCACUGGCUCGGUCAUUACGUGGGAAGGUUGGAAGGAGGGGACUUGCUGACGCAGCUUCUCCAAUCCGGACUGGCACCCCUUGUACGGUCGGCACUCGAUGACCGAGCGACGGUGGACGCUGCGUUGGCGGUGCUCCAGGCACUGCUGGUCUCCCAGCCAGAACAGGCAUUAUUUGGCCGGGCAUUCCUUUGGCGGCAUGGUCAUCAUACGUUUUUUCUGAGGCCACCCACUGAACUUGAAAACUCAAGUGAAAUUUCGGAUGUGGACUUGUCACAGAUAGACCUCGUUCAGGCGCUUCUGCGGAUGGACCUCUUGGAGCGACUGUAUUAUGUCUUGAAGACGUUCCGGCCAGGAGCCAGCGGUGUUGCAUCCGCGCUGCUCGUUAUGGCAAGGUUGGCGCGGCACUCCGCGGAAGCUGCAACAAAGGUCCUAAACCAUCCGCAUUUGAUCAACUUAAUCUUUAAAGAGUUCCUACCAGAACACUGGAGCACUCCGGCUGUCAUCAAGGGCAAGAUCACAGAAGCCUACGGUAACCCAAUGUGGCCAGCACUUGAGUUGGUUCGAACAAUUGCCGCAGCUGGAAGGGAACUUGCAGAGACACUGCUGCAGAGGCACAGACUUCGACAGUGCUUGGCUGCCUACUUGGCCUUAGAGCCGAGUGCCAGCCAGUUGCCGACCACGGACUGUCUCAACUUGGCCCUGGAAGCGUUGAGGACGUGGCGUGUGCUUCUCACGUAUGGUUUGGUGGGAGAAUUGUGCGUGGAUCUGUAUUCCGUGUUAGCGAGGAGGUUGCAGUUAUUCUCGGCCCUCGACUUGGACGGAGUGCCUUUUGAUCUCGAGUACGGUGCCCACCUACUACACUGCCUGGCUGUGCUACCCGCAGAAACUGCAAAGUCUUGCCUGGCUGGCCUGGGCGUUGCACUAAACAUGGUUUCCAAGCGGUGGCUUACACUCCUCGCUAGGGCAACCGAUCUUCGUUCCAUCCAGAUGGGAGUGUACACUGUGGCAGCAAUGUUACACUGCUUGUCCUCGAUGUGGAAACUUGGUGAAGCACCAGACACCAGCAUAGUGGGCACCGUGCAGUUGGUUCUCAACUCUCAGCUUGCCACCUUGAUGACUUCACAGCUCAGGAGUUGCUCAUUGUUCCUAACUGAAAGUGAAAGAAACAAGCUGCAGUCAGAUUCCAGUUCCAGCCAGUGCCUUCCAUGUGUUGCCUCUGAGGAGCCCAUCCCUUGCGAGGGUUGGGAUAUGGCUUCGUUUGAAUUCCUGGCUUCUGCGGCCAGGCUGCUUCGCGUAAUGGCUGCCAAAUCAGAAGCUAGCAAGCAUGAAGAACUUUCCGUGGCCAAGGCCAGUCUUCUCUGUAAUGCUGAUGUGAAAGCCUACCUGGAAGAGCUCUGUUCUCAGGCUAAGCACUGGGUUCGGAGGUGCAGUCAGCGAUGGCUUUGCCGUCCAGAGUUCAACCUUCUGUUUGAGUUGUUACGUCUUGCAGCGUCUGAGACUUUAGAUGAGGAUGACGCUGCACUUUACCACGAAGUGUCGCUCACGCUUCUGUGCACGUGUGCCCCAGGCUUUCAACGCCAAUAUCUGAGAGUUCUUCAGGAGGUUUCUUUUGCCAGAAACCUCGCUUGCUCACAGUCCAGCCACUCAAAGACGUUGUCGAUAGAGGGUGUUUCGGCAACUGAGAUGGAAAGCAUCACAGGGUGCUCGGUGCCCGUCACUGCUAGUGCCAAACUUGACAGUGCUGCGUUGUCGGACAUCAAGGCUGCCUACUUGAAGACUUUUGGAACAAUCCUAAGGCAGAUCAAUGAAAGCUCAUCAGUGUCAUUAACGUUGAAAACAAAGCCCCCGUAUUCGUAUGACUGGCUCUACAUCCCGUUGCACAGGCUAUGUGCUCUGGAGGAAAUAACGAGAAACUACGAUCGUGGUCAUGUCCUGUCUUGCUUGCGCUGGGCCAUCCACCUGCUCGACGCAAGGCAGCACUUCAUGCGAGCGUUCCCACCACUAGUUCAUUUCACCCGUCUAGCGUCAGUGUUUUUGGCUGGUCCUGAGCUGUUUCUAGACAUGGAGGUGCAGGGUGCCAUGUUACUGCUUCUCCAGCUGCUUGAGCAGACGAAACUGCUGUGUCGCACGCAGCGCCACCUGGAUCUGAAAGACUGGCCGGGACUGCCAUCGUUCUCAGAUUUUUAUCUUCAGCUUCUGGAGGAAUAUGUCGGUGAGUCCUACGGAGACGAAGUCUUCGCCUCGUGGCUUCUGGUUCCCCUGCAGGGAGCGUGUGACCCCCACUUCCGCAAGCUUCUCUUUGCCGAGAACCCAGAGGCACUGGCCAUGACACGCUUGAAGGCAGAACAGUCUGUUGUGCCUCUUUCUCGUUUCCUGGAACCACCCGAGGAAAAUGCAAUUGUGCUCGAGACGUACCUGAAACUCUUACUGUCAGGGAGGUUGAAUCGCACGAGAAGCCCACUGUUACAUACCAUCGCUGAGGAGAGCGUGGCACAAUUUGUGCACAGCAUAGCUUCAAGCCCCUUCAAAGUCCAUUUGCUUCAAGUUCUCUCACAUCAUCAGAAGAAGGAAGCUGCCAAACGCAUCCUGCGGUGGACACAUGCAAAGGCAACAUGCUAGGACAAUAUCCCAGUGCCAUCAUGCAAGCUUGCAGUCUCAUCACUGCAAUUAUCCCCAAGUUGUGGCCAGCGUAUUGGUGUGAUUCAACGACCCACGAAGCGUGUUGUUGCGUGCACUGGAACUUUGCGAAAGGCAACGAAUGUGUAGCUGUUGAACAUUUUCAUUCGUGAAUCACGACAUACUGCUUGGAAAAGUUUUGUACUGUCACAUUUUUUCUGUAACGUUUCACGAUAACCGUGCACAGAGCCAAAGCACUAUCGCUUCAUUCUUUUUCUUCGUCUUCUUCCCGUUCCCACCAGAUCUGUCCUUCGACUAAACUCUCCUGGGCUUUGUUUCAUCCCUCCGCUGCAAAUAAGAGAUGACGUUGGCAAUGGCUGCUAUUUCCAUCACACCAUUUUCCGUCAAGUAGCCAAUGGUCUUGGGUGCACCUUCUUUUGUAGUCAAUUUUACCACUUUAAACGAAGCCACAAGUUUUGUGUUAGGAUCACCACAAGCU